GUUCAUACCACGUGAACUGGGUCAACUCCGAUUAAAAAAAAACAUAACCCACCCCACCGGCCCACCCACUCUCCACUUCAACCUCCGACGCCGCCCCUGCCGGAACCCUAGGAAUCCGCGGCCUGUUGCCGGGGACGCGGCCGCCGCCAUGACCGGGACAUCCUGGCUGAUUGAUAGCCAAAGAAUUGCUUCAAAAAUAAAAAAUGUUUCUGGGUCAAUGGAUCUCAGUAAACAAAAAUGGGUGAGCAAUCCAACUAAGGAGUGCCCAAGGUGCAGCCACAUUAUUGAUAACAGUGAUGUUGUUCACCAAUGGCCUGGUUUGCCAAAAGGUGUAAAGUUUGAUCCAUCGGACCAGGAAUUGCUUUCGCAUUUGCUGGCAAAACAUGACAAAGCAGGUGCUGAACCUCACCCAUUCAUUGAUGAAUUUAUUCCAACUGUUGAGGAAGAUGAUGGUAUCUGCUACACUCAUCCACAGAAACUUCCGGGUCUUAAGCAAGAUGGAAGUGUAUCACACUUCUUCCAUAGAACAUAUAAAGCCUACAAUACUGGGACUAGGAAACGUCGAAGGAUAAACACUGGUGAUCUUGCCGAUGUUCGCUGGCAUAAGACGGGCAAGACAAAGCCAGUAAUGGUUGAUGGAAAGCACCUUGGCUGUAAGAAAAUAAUGGUGCUUUAUAUGAGUACUGUUAAAGGGGGGAAGCCCAAGAAGACUAAUUGGGUGAUGCAUCAGUACCAUCUAGGGACGGGGGAGGAUGAGCAGAAUGGGGAAUAUGUUGUCUCCAAAUUAUUUUUUCAGCAACAAUUUAAGCCUGGGGAGAAGUAUGCAGAAGAGUUAACCACUGCAGAUGCUUUGGAAACUAUAGCCGCUGAAGCAGAUCUUCCCGACCUCCCUGAACCAGCCCUGGAUGAACAAGGAGAAGAACAUAUUAGCAGUAUUACUAACCAAGAGGUUCUUCAUAACAAUGAACAUACCGCUGACCGGGAAGCUCUUCCUUAUCAGCAAUUUAAGCCUGGGGAGAAGAAUGCACAAGAGUUAACCACUGCAGAUGCUUUGGAAACUAUAGCUGCUGAAGAAGAUCUUCCUGACCUCCCUGAACCAGCACUGGAUGAACGAGAAGAAGAUAUUUGUAGUAUUACUAACCAAGAGGUUCUUCAUAACAAUGAACAUACUGCUGACCCGGAAGCUCUUCCUUAUCAGGAAAGCAGGAAUUGUGACAUAACCAUGGAAGAAAAGGCUGCUGAAGAGGAUGCUGCCUAUCCAUCCUCUGAGAAACCUGAGGAUGGAGAUAAUCCCUCAUCACAAGAUCCAAAAUGGUGGGAUGGUGAAUCCCAGUUUCUGUUAACUUCUCAACAACUGGCAGAAAGCUUGCCUUGUCUCGAUGAGUUUCUUCAGAGUCAGACCUCAGGUGACGAGCAAGAUACGAUCAAGCCUAAACUAGCUGAUUAUGCCAACUUGCCAGUAGAGGAUUUGAAGCAGGAUCUGGAAAAAUGUCAUGAGUUGGGCCUCUCAGAUGCUGACUUCCGAUUGAGCCAAAUCGAAUUUUCGCAAGACAGUUGCACGGCAGCUUGGGCUGGUGGCAAUAUGCUUGACUGACAGUGGCUCCAACGCACAUUCUGUGCAUGUAGAAAUCUCUGAAGGCUUCUUUGCCAGAUAAAGUAGAGUGAUGUGCAGCAAGCAUCACCAACUGUGGCUUUCAGCUAGGUAAAGUAGUUAUUUUGCCUCUGAAUCGGAGAGUUGAUGUAACCCACUGGUUCAGGAGUCUUGGUGUUUAUGCAGUUAGUUUUAGAGAAGGCGAAAAAGGUGUCAUGCUGUGCACUGAUGGCUGUUCAGCGCUAAGACUGCCUUGCCUAGCAGCAGCAGCAUGUGUUCGUAAAUUGUAACUAUUAACUGCCUGAGUUUGGUUGAGAAUCUUUAUUGGUAAAUGAGUAAGUGAAGUGCGGAUGAGCUUUCCGAUAAUUA